GAGUCAAACAUCAAGCUCCAAGGAGUCUCUCCACAGCAGCUCUCCACAGAAGCUUCACAACCUCCAGACCGACCCCGAAGAUGACUCCGUCUGCCAGCCUGCUGCUGCUGCUGCUCCUGCUCGGCCUCUCUCAGGCACUUCCUCUCCAGGAGGAAGGAAGCAAAGAAGAAGCCCAGGACACCGUCGACAUCACCACCAGGAUUCUGACCUCCAACAAUGCCACCAACGAGAACCUGCUGGAAGGAGACCUGCUGGCUCCCAGAACCAGAAACGCCAUGAUGUGCUGGUCCCAGAACUGCCUGUGGAGGAAAGCUUCCAACGGCCUGGUGAUGAUCCCCUUCACCAUCAGCAAUGAGUUCACCAGUGGGGAGAAGCAGAUGAUCAACCAAGCCAUGCAGGUCUUCCACAGCCAAACUUGCAUCCGCUUCGUCCCCCGAACGAACGAGUACGAUUACAUAAGCAUCGAGAACAAAGAAGGAUGUUUCUCCGCUCUGGGGAGAGUGGGAGGCAGCCAGGUGCUCUCUUUCAACAGGCAGGGCUGCCUCGUCUCUGGCAUCAUGCAGCACGAGAUGAACCACGCUCUGGGCUUCCAGCACGAACAGACCAGGAGCGACCGCGACGACUACAUCUGGAUCAACUGGGAGAACAUCAACCCGCAGAUGGCCUACAACUUCUACAAGCAGCCCACCAACAACCUGAACACUCCCUAUGACUACUCCUCCAUCAUGCACUAUGGAAGAACAGCAUUCGCCAUCCAGUACGGGAGGGACACCAUCAUCCCCUUCCCCAACCCCAACGUCGAGAUCGGCCAGACGCGGGGCUUGUCCUACUGGGACAUCACGAGGAUCAAGCUGCUCUACGGCUGCUAAUAACAAUGAUCAAAGUUAUCAUUUAGGAAAACAAGUUUCUGUUAUAACAUUCAUUAAUAAGCAGACAGCAGAAUCUAGGAUUAAGUCAAUGAAUCUGUGAAACCUUUGAUGCGGUGCGUAAUAAAAAUGAAUGCAUACAUAAAA